AUGGCGAGACAAACCGACGCCUCUCGAGAAACAAUCUUAUCGCCAACGGUCUUCGAGCGCCGGUACUUCCCGGGCCGGGCCGAGACCGGGGACGCCCUCCCCGGCGCCAAGCACCGCCGCCGGCCCCUCUCCGGCUGGAGCCAAGAAAAGCUCUACUACGCCGAGCAGGCCUACUGGAACAACCCCGACGAUGAGCAGGUCAAGCAGCACUACCUGACGCUUGCCGCUGCCAACCAGGCCCAGAACAGACAACAGCACGCCCCAUCCCUCGGCUGGUGGGACAGGAGUAGCGGCGCAGAGGAACAGAGGGGUCAGCGCCACAUCCGCGAGGGCCGUGCCGUCGAGAUCGUCGAGGGUGGCGACCUCGCCCGUUCCGCCCUUCACCUCCCGAGUGACCGCACAGCGAAGGGUGGCCGCCGGCCACCUUCGCUUGAGCGCCAAGAUGCCUUCCGUGACCCGCAUACUUCCAAGACCUCUAACCCAGCGCUCCUCGUGAGCCAAAACCCCAGCAGCUCCGGCAAGAAGAACAAGAACAAGCGCACCUUCCGCCAACACCUCCUGUCUGGGAGCAACGACGACUUCCCCGAGCCCCACGGCAGCGGCGACUAUGUCGACCCCGGCGACGACAUCCAGGUCGAGGACCUCUACCGGCGCGGCAUCCUGUACGACAACGAGUUCGAGCGCGGGUCCGGCUUCGGCUUCGACGCCAUCGUGCACGACGGCGCCCCCCGUCUGUUCAACGUCUACGAGGCGCGCCCGCCCGCCAAGCGCGGCCGCAGCGCGCACGGCACGAAGCUCGACCCACAAUCCAACAACCCAACCGACCUCUCGCUGCCGCUGGACAUGUCCCGCGGCGCAUUUGGCGAGGACUCGGCGCUGGCGGCCUUCCUGAUCUCGUCCGACGAUGGCGUGGUCGUCUCGCACUACCGCGACACGGGCGUCGAUCCGGCAGCCAUCUUCCCGCCCGUCUGGUCCGAGCCGCCGUCGCCGAUGAAAAUGGUGCUGCUCGGCGGGGCCCCCUCGCCGCGCGUCACCAUCAGCUACGGGCUGGACAAGGGGGCCGAGGCGGCCGAAACCGGAACCACCGCAGCACCCCCAAGAAUUUCAACAAUAACCACACCGCCGCCACCUGCCCGGCGCUACUACCUCAAUGCUUCAACACAGACGGAGCGCGAGCUGGCAAACUGGUACGACGGCUUUCCCGUCGCGUCGGCCACGCUGUCGGCCAGCCUGCACCACGACGACGACGACUCGGAAGACGACCUCGUGUCGUGGGAGAUCAUCCUCAGCGCCGAGGGGUUUGUGAGUGACCACGGCGUGUGGUGGUACGACGGCAACGGCAACGCGGCAACGACAAUCCCGUCGCCGGCGGCGCGGGCAGCCGCAGCGGCCAAGACGCCGCGGUCGGCGAGGGGGAGGUUCUUCCGGCGACGCGGAGAAGAAGAAGACGAAGAUGAUGACAUGGACGGCGACAACAUGAUGAUGACCAGCCCCGACGUCAACGGCGCCGACGCCGACGACGCCUGGGUCCUUGUUGUGCUGGGCGCCGACGGCUUGUAG